UUUACCCUUUAAACUGGUACAAAACUGACACCUUUAUACAAGGCAUCAUUUUGAGUUGUGCGCCUUUUGGUGUCAUCUGGUCCAACACCAAUGGAGACUAGGCUCUAAAGAAAGCCGUCUUGGGUUUGGACCAAUCAACUUCAAGGACAGUGCAUAUUAUUAUCAUUAUCAGAGUUGUUUCUUUUUGUUUGCAUUUUGACUGCUUGUGUUGUGGUUAUUGCAAACAUGAUGCCUUGUAUAAAGGUGUCAGUUUUUGUACCAGUUGAAAGGGUAAAAACCUACUACUAGGCCUAGUGAAGUUACGGCGACGACGAUAACCGUGAUAAGAACGGCGAAGUCCCCCAAAAAAACCUUAAUUCCGCUCUUUGUUCUUGCGAGAAGGAGAUGUUUAACUUUUACUCCCGCGUCGUUAUCCGCAGGUCAGAGAGCUCGCCUGGCGAUCAAGGAGGGGAGUUUCCCGACGAGGCCAAGAAGAACGACUACAGACGGUACGACGGGCGUCGCGCUAUCAGGGCCGACGGCCUCAUGUGGGCCUACGCGCUGCAGCUCGUCCUGCGCACGGUGGCCGAAGCGGGCUUCCUUCUGGGCCAGUACGUGAUGUACGGCUUGGAGGUGAUCCCCCGCUUUGUGUGCCCCCGCCGCUACCCCUGCGUCCACUUCGUCGACUGCUUCGUGUCGAGGCCCACGGAGAAGACCGUCUUCCUGCACGUGAUGUAUGCCGUGGGGUGCCUCAGCCUGGCUCUCGACCUGGCCGAGAUGUGGCACCUGGGGAUGGGCGCUCUCAGGGACGAGCUGCCGGGCAGCCGAGCCAAGCGCCGGUAUUGACAGCACUAUGAGACAUCUCCUUUAGCAGUGGCAAAAUAUAGUAGUAGGGUUUUACCCUUUCAACUGGUACACAA